GUAAAACUUUAAACUUUUUUUAUCGAUAAGGAUAAACGCCCGCAUCCAAAACCUCAUAAGUGAAUAAUAAGUUGAAUUGUUUUUGCGCAUGCGACAAACUUCGAAUUUAUCAAAAAGUCAAAACGCCAAUCCUAUUCAUAUAGAGUUACUAGUGCCUUUACAGCGCUUGUAAAGCGAGAAAUUAUGCUGGCUUGUCAAUCGUGUACGAGAAAAGCCUUCUCUACAUUAAUCAACCAUACUAUUCGCCUGCAAAAUAGCCUUGCGAUAAUACGACCUAUCUACACCCCAGCUUUCUCCCGUCGACAUAGAAGAAAAUAUGCCACAGUCGCUGCGCCAUUCGAGGGUUCGAAGCAAAAAAAUAACGGGCAUCAUGCGAAGCCGAGCGGACGGGUCUCUCCACGAGAAUGGGCUGCCAAUAAGCAAUUACAGUAUUUAAAAGAUCCGCUGCAUAUUGCAGAUCAUGUUAAGAAAACGUUAGAGAAAGAUCAAUUCGAAGAUGCUCUCCUUAUCACGAGAAAAGCCAGUAAAGACACGAAGGUGACGGUCAGUUGGAAUUACUUGAUCGAUCAUCUAAUGCGACAAGGCAGACUUCAUGCUGGGAUCAAACUAUUCAACGAGAUGAAGAAGAGAGCACAAUUUCCAAACGCCCAGACAUAUACGACCAUCUUCAACGGAUGCGCCAUCUCGCCUCAUCCACAGUUAGCCGUAACCGAAGCCAUCAGAAUCUACAAUAACAUGCUAGCAAACGAACGCCUGAAACCCAACACCAUCCAUUUGAACGCUCUUCUCAAGGUCUGCGCACAUGCCGAAGAUAUCGAAUCCUUGUUUACCAUCGUCCAAACCGCCAACGAAGGUAUUAGAGCGCCAAACAACCUGACAUAUACCAUUAUUUUGAACGCUCUGCAGCGCAAGGUUAACAGGCGCCAGUAUGGCCGUGCCCAAGAAGUAGAUACUCCCCAGAUUACAAAAGCAAAGGCGAAAACCGUCCAAAGAGCCAAAGCCAUAUGGGAAGAAGUUAUAGCAAAGUGGAGGGCGGGUAACAUUAUUAUCGACGAAGAACUAGUCUGCUCCAUGGGAUGGAUUCUACUAAUGGGCGAUUGGCAUGACGCUGAUUCUAUAGAAGGUCUACUAGAGCAAACUAUGAUGAUUCCAAGGGAAAAUAAGCCGGCGAUUAGUGGAGAAGCUGGUAAAGCCGCAGAUCCUGGCCCUAGCGAGAGCACCGCAGACCCAAAGCCAGCUAUCUCUAUUGGUGACAGCAAGAUCCUGGCUCCCGGCGCUCCCUCGUAUACUCACGCACUUCCCGGGAGGAACUCCCUUUCUUUGAUUCUUACUGCCCUUGAGAAAACCGGAAAGACAGCCAGGGCUCAAAGAUAUUGGGAUAUCUUCACCAAGGAGCAUGGCGUUGUUCCUGACGCCAACAAUUGGCAUCGCAUGCUCAUAGCCCUGCGUCGCGGGAAGAACAGCGCCCAAACGGCUGAGCUUCUACGGGAAAUUCCCGCUAAGUUGGUGCUUCCUAAGAACUUCCGUACAGCCAUGAACACUUGUUUGCGAAAUAACCUAAACCGCGCUGUCUUCGACCACGCCACUCACAUUUUGGAUCUUAUGCCAGCCAAACUAGGAACACCGGAUCCAAUAACGCUACGAAACUAUCUCCGCGUGUGCAACGCCACCAAGAAAAUAUACGCCGAUAUAUCAAAGAAAAAGCGCCGGGGGGCUACGAUGACAGCGUGGGUCAAUCAGCUUGCCACAGCUCUCAGGAAUGUAUGGGGACAGUACGUGGUUCUUCAAAGGUUGUACGGCAACGAUGGACCAGAAUCAAACAUGAAACGAGAACUCAUAGCCCUAGCACGGAAGAUGAUUGCCGCCAGCGAUGUUAUCAUAUCGAAAAAGGUGGUGUCCUUAGAUAUCGAGACAGAGGUUGCGCAAAGACGAAAUAAUUUGAAUAGGGCCGUUGUCCGCCAUUUUGAACAGAUGAGGGCAAUUGACCCUAACUUCGUCCCAGAAGAGGAAGUCGAAGAUGAAGAAGGCGAAAUAGGUGAAGACGAAGAAGAUGGUAGUCAUCAUAAGACACAACUAGAUGUCUCGUUGAAGCGACCUAAAAAACCGUUUGAGGUGAUCAUUAAAGAGAAAGCCGUUACCCAAGUAUAGUGAUGGCUGCCUGGAUCCUUCACUCGUUUUUCAAUGUACAUAUACUGCAACUAUAUAUCUACGGUUUAUGAGGCUAAAAUACCCCUUUAGACGGAAAAAGAGAAUAUAUUUAUUUGACGUGCCUGUAUAUCUAUAUCUAUAUGUAUGAGUAUGAUAUUUGCGUAGGUCCC